AUGGCGAAAGCUUCCCAUACAUUGCAAAGAGGUGCUGUCGUCCAGCACACCGCCAAAGCCCAUAACCUGAAAGGUCAACUGCCUGAAGGGAGCAUGGAAUCUUUGGCAACAACCAUUCGUUUUGUCACGUUGAACUGCCGAACACUAUCGAGUGAACUCCAACAAGCCGCUCUAUCCAGACUUCUGCGAUAUCUAUGUGUGCCUUUUGCUGAACUGCAGGAUACAUGUAUGAGAGAUCGGCCCGUCUUCAGCAUCGAAAAUUACACCAUAUACUGCGGCGAUGCUGAUGAGAACAAAGUAGGUGGCUGCGCGAUAACUGUGAGGAACGUUUACAAGAACCUGGAGGAGGAAUUUAGCUCAACGUCGUCUAGAUGCACCUUUCUACGACUGCGGGGUCGCAGAGGACGUAAACUCUGGAUCGUAAGUGCUCGCGCACCUACGGAAACAGCUGAGGACAACAGUAAGGACGCCUUCUAUGAUGAACUCAAUGCGCUGAUGUCUAAAAUACCAAGCUAG